CAGCUCCAAAGUUAAAGUUCCAGGGGAGGGAAGUGGUGCUGGUGUGGGUCUCCGUCCAUUCCGGUUGUGUCAAGAAAAACAUGAGAGCAAACUUGAGAGCGACCGUUUCUCUUCUCUGUGGGAUUAUUCUGUUGUGCUCGUCUGAGACAACAACGGGUCAAACAUGCAGGGGAAAGUGUGGAGUCGUACAGGACGGAUGCUCCUGCCGUGCGACCUGUGUGUCUUUGCUGAGCUGCUGUGCAGACUACACCCGGGCCUGUCUUCAGCUGAAGCCUCACUCCAGCUCCAUGCUUGGCGGGAGAGCUCUCAGGAUCCUCGGCCUGCUCCUCCAUCCCAGUGGGCGCCUUCUCUGCAGGUUCAAAAGUGAGGUCGUACUCGAAGGUUAUAUCGACGCUGACGGCCGUCCCCACUGCAUCUCUCCUUUACUGUAUGAGACCGGUUGGAUACAGUUUGAGAUCUCAACUGACGGGAUUCAGUUUGACCGAUCUGGAGAAUACCUGUCAGUCCACCCCAGUGAAGCGGACCCUGCUUUCCAAGUCACCCUGGUGAACGCGACGCGGUGGCAGAACUACGGCACACCAAACGUGGCAGGGCGGCUGAAGAUGACGUGGAACGGCUCUUUGAUUGCAGCGGAUAAGGUCAACGUAGAGUUGUGGGGCUACAGGGAGUUCAGCAGCAGAAGCAGCAGCACAGAGGCAGGGAUGAACGGGCCGUCCUCUCCGCGUGCUGAGCUCAGCUACCUGUACUCUCUCGACAGGAACGUGGUCAACAGCGGGGCCUUCAGCUUCGUGCCCGAGAGCUCGAAGGACCACUCUGACUGGGUGCUCGGGAAUAUCCGCAUAACUGCCAGCUCUCAGUCAGAUGGAGCGAGGGACGUACAGGCUCUCUGGAGUAGUGGUCAUGUCCUCGCGUGGCACUUAGGGCAGACGUUCAGAGACGACUCCGCUGCCUGGGCCAAGAACAAGUGUCUGCAGUGGGACGUCCUGGAAGAGAAUCAGCCGAGCUUCCUCCAUGAACUCAUCGACUGCCCUUGCACUCUGGCACAGGCCCGAGCCGACACAGGCAGGUUCCAUGCUGAUUAUAGUUGUGACGUUGAGACGGGCAGCGUGUGCACGUAUCACCCAGGCAGCGUCCACUGCGUCAGAGCACUUCAGGCCAGUACGCAGGGCUCAGGGCAGCAGUGUUGCUACGACGGCACCGGGGCUCUGGUGCUGACGGGAGACUCGAUCGGCGGCAGCACCCCAGACCGGCCUCACGACUGGGGCUCGCCUCCAUACGGGGAGCCGCCUCGGCUGCCGGGCUACUCCCACUGGCUCCACAAUGUCGCCAGCUUCUACUUCUGCUGCCUCUGGUCCGACCACUGCCACGUCUACUUCCGCCGUCGACCCUCCAGCGGUUGUCGCAACUACCGGCCCCCAAAAGCCGGCGCCGUCUUCGGGGACCCGCAUUUCAUGACGUUCGACGGCCUCGGCUACACUUUCAACGGCCAAGGGGAGUACCACCUCGUGUCCCCCUCGCCGCACAGAGAGCUGAGCGUUCAGGCCCGAGCAGAGCGGGUGAAACUGAAGAACGGUACCUUCGCCAGAGCCACAUGGCUGUCGUCAGUGGCCGUGAAGGAGGAGAGCUCCGAUGUCAUCGAGGUGCGCCUGGCGGCAGGCGGCGGUCUUCAGGUGCUGAGGAACCACAAGGUCCUUCCUUUCACCGAGCAGAGGUGGACGGACCUGCAGGGAGUUUGUGUGUUCGUCCGCAGUCCUCAGAGCGUGACGGUGAUGCUCCUCUCCGGUGCGGCCGUCGAGGCUCGCCUGCACGACGGAGUCAUGGCGGUGACCGUCCUGCUGCCGUCGGAGUUCGCCCACCACACCCGGGGUCUCCUUGGCCCGAUGAACUCGGACCCGUCGGACGACCCGUCGACCCGACGGGGUGAGGGCGUCUCCUCGGACGGCGCCACGCCGGAGGAAAUCUUCAUCUUUGCAACGGGCUGGAAUGUUUCAGAGAAGGCCUCCCUUUUCACAUACGACCCAAGGAACCUUUUGGAUGACCCUGCUCUCGGCCCAGCCUUUGCUCCCCCCGAGCCACCCGACGACCCUCUGGUGGCAGACAUGUUGACGACGUGUUUCGGAGAAGGGGCGGCGUUCUGUAAACACGACACCUUGACCACAGGGAGCCUCGCAGUGGGAAACGCCACACUCAGGGCCUUCCAAAACUUCCAGUUGCUAAUGGACGCCCUGCAGCCAGUGGUGUCUUGCGGCUGGCUCCCCACUCCAAGGAAUGGAAAGAAGAACGGGACAAGUUACCUACAGGAGAACACGCUGAGCUUCUCCUGCGAUGAAGGCUUCACACUGUACGGUUCAACACGGCGCACGUGUCGGGAGGAUGGCGCCUGGACAGGAGAGCAGCCCUACUGUAUAACAGACGACAACGUGCGGUUCGCGCUUGGCGCCGUCGGUUCCGUGUCAGCACUGGUCACGAUGGGAGUGAUGAUCAGACUGCACAACAGGAAACAAGACAGAGACAGAAAAGAGAAACCGGACCAGACGGCGACCCAAGAACAGACUUGCUAAACCAUCGGCGGUCCUUUCUCGGAUCAUGGAUCUAUUUUAAUAAAUGCCCUCGCCUGAUUCUUGCACUUUCUCAGGUGACACACUGAAACCUUCUUCUACGUGGCCCACGGCGACAGAUAUGUUCAGACGAGCGUUCGGAAAUCGUAUGCUAAGUCGCGUUGUUCAUUAGGGCCGGACGAUCUCCUCUCGACCCGCUGACCCCGUAGGAAAACCUCCGGCGCUCGUCAGCCUUUCGGCCACGUGUUUUUUCCCCUUGUUUAGUUUGGAAAACCUCCAGUUCGUGGUAAUCGGCACACGGGAUAGAGGAUUGAGCGUAUUGAAUUAAAGGUGGGGGAGAAAGGAGAAGAAAAAAAAGCCGUGGUUGUUUUUAUAUUCCCGUUGUGCAUGACUGAACGUCCGGUCCUCGCCCGAUAGACAGUUGCAUAAAUACUACACGGGAGAUAUCACCAUUGCGAUCAGCACAGAUGUUUUCAUACUCGUGUUUCAGUUGCGCAAGCGAACCUGAUCGGUCUUUGGUUCACGCCCUUCACUCACACGGAGGGCUCUGCCGAGUGUCCACAAGUGCUACGUAAGCAUCACCUUCUGCACCAUAUCUACACAUUCCUGUAUUGUUUUUUUUACUGCCAUCGUUACGUGUCUGUGUCUGAAAGCGAUGACUGAGAGCGAUAUCUGAACAUUUUAAUUAAAAGGUCUGCGAGGGGAAACAAUGAA